AUGCCCACGUUCAAGGUGUCGAGGGGAUUUGAAUACUCCUACAUCAUUCGGCGGCCAGUAUCAGCUCCCAAGGGUUGGCUGCUCUUCCUGCAUGGCUACCCUUCCAUCGCCCACGAAUGGCACUAUCAACUGGAUCAUUUUCACAACGCUGGCUACGGGGUGAUUGCGCCAGAUCUCCUGGGCUCUGGGCACACUUCUCGGCCCGCCGAGGUAGAAGCCUAUCUGUAUAAAGAUAUGGCCAAGGACGUCGUGGAGAUUCUAGAUCAUGAGGCAAUUGAUCGAGUUUUCGCCGUGGGCCAUGACGUGGGUUCGCUUUUGCUGGCUAGGCUAGCAGUGUACUUCCCGGAGAGGGUAGAGAAACUGGGCUUCGUCGCCGUCGGCUACCGUCCGCCAGGGGCUCCUGUCAGUGUUGAUCGCAUGAACGAGAUGACAGCAAAAGUGAUCGGAUACCCGGCUUUUGGCUAUCAGGUGUUCUUUACCAGGAACCCCGACGCUGAAGUGAUUCUCAAUCAGCAUAAAGAAUCCCUCUUGUCGUUACAAUACGCACAGGAUCCAUCUUUGUGGAAGGACCACAUGUGUCCUGUUGGAGCCGUGGAGGAGUGGGUUCUCGCCGAUAGACAGGCGGCCUGGGGGGAAUUUCUUACCGAAGAGGAUCACCGAGUCCGCAGAGAAGAAACUGCAGAUGAACUGGGCGGCUUACCGACGUUGGCAUGGUACAAAGCUGCUGCCUGGAACUUGAACUAUGAAGUCGAGAAAGACCUUGCAGAGGAGGCGAAGUAUUUGCACCAACCCACGAUCUACAUUACAUGCGCCAACGACUACAUUGCCGUCCCUCGUGCCCAGCUGCCACAAAUGACACCCUGGGUUCCCAACCUGGAGGUCAAAGAGCUCGAUACGGGCCACUGGGCAUUUUUACAGCGUCCCGAAGUGGUCAAUGAGGCUUUAGAAGCGUUCUUUUCCAAGUGA